GGCGAGUGCAGGCAGGAAGGCAUCAGCGCUGGGAGGCUGCAGUCAGAGAGGCAUCAGCAGCUGCCAAGAGAGGAGGGAGCAGAAGCAGCAGCUGGAGAGGAGAGGAUCGGAGCAGCCCUCCUGGGUCCUUGGGGGAGCCAUGGGGAAAAUCUUGGCCCAGCAGCAGCAGGCAUCGGGUCCCAAGACGGAGAAGGAGGCAGGGGGGGCACUCCCAUCCCUUUUGCCCAGCCAUGGCCUCAAAGCCCAACUCCUCUUGGAUGAGGAGCAGCUGGCCUUGCCAAUGCAGAACCAGAAAUCUCUCAGCCGUGUCUUCUACUUGACUAUGAUCCUGAUGCUGUUACUUCUUGGCCUGAUUUUGACAUCCAUGUAUAUCUACAGAUAUUUCUCUUUUACUGACUCCAUUACUGCUUUAGAUAUGAUUGAUGAAGAUGACAUACCUUGGGAAUGUCAGACGAUCUACGCUGACUACUAUUCCACCUCACAGUUAGGGGGACAGUUGAAGCUACGUGAAGAUGUGAGAAUUAAUCUUGAGGAACAUUAUGAAUGGAUCAAUGUUCCAGUGCCACCCUUGGAUGAAAGUGAUCCUGCCAGUAUUAUCCAUGAUUUUCAGCAGGGGAUGACUGCCUAUCAUGAUCUACUUCUGGAUAAAUGCUAUGUCAUUGAGUUGAAUACCACCAAUGUCUUGCCGCCUCAAGAUUUCCAGGAUCUGCUGACUAAUAUGAAGAAUGGAGGAUACCUGCCACAAACCUACAUUGUCGAGGAGGAGAUGAUAGUGAUGGAACCUGUCAAUGACAUGUACCAGCUUGGUUCUUCUAUUUAUCUCCUAUGCCAUGGAAAAGAGGCUUAUUGGCUGAAACGCAGGACUGCAAGGAGACAUAUCCAUCGACGAGAUGCCAAGAAGUGUCAUCACAUCCACCAUUUUGCAAAUACUUUUGUGGUUGACACAGUGAUUUGCCAGAGAUUGUGAGGGGUACUGUCUAGAUGCAGCUACCCAUCCCAGCAACCACAUCAUCUCUCUUGUUCUCUUCUUGAGAGAAACAUGGGCUUAUUUUUCUUCUUCUUCUUCCAUUGUUUGUGCAUUGCUAGCUUCUCAGGUCACUUAUGAUCACAGGAUUUCAGUGUCUUUAUAUUGCAUUUGCUUUUUAUAUUAAUACUUUGCUGUGCUUAAGUUUACUUAUUAACUCCAAAAUAUAAAUAAGAGGCUUUCCUAUUGAAAACUUAUGCAUUAUUCCCUUCUGGAGGAUGAUUAACUGAGAUGCCUAUGGGUAGAAACAAAAGAAGAAAUUAAAUCACAAGAAGAGUAUAUGAGUGCCUUUGGCUUUUGACAUUAGCGCCCACUAAUCAGGUUCCAUCUUUUUGUCUAGGGAUCUCUUUCCACAAUAGUGGAAAUCUAGUGUGAAGGUAGUUCUUUAAUAAGAGAGGAAGGUGCUGCUAGAUUAAAGUUGUCUGAUGUUUUUGGCCCUAAAUAGAACAUCAUGGAUCUGUGAUGGUGCUUAAUUUUGCAGAGUAGUAGAUGGUGCCUUUGUUGUUCAUGAUUGGGUUGCAACUGAUGCAGUUCUAUGUUUCAAGAUAUAGAUGUACAAUCUGUCUUCGUACAGUAUCAGAAUACCUUAAGCCCCAGCAGUACUUCCAGCACAAGUAAUAAACCAAAGCAGAGUAGCUCUUGCAUUCUGAUUUCCAUAGAAAGACAAUUGGGUGCUUGCAGUGAUUGCCUAGAAUGGGUAAUGCUAACUUAUGCUUUAAAAAAAAAACAAAUUCAAAAUCUUUACAAUUUAUCAUAACAUCUCAGUUUGCCAUGUGGAAAUAGAUUGUGUGGCCCCAUGUAUAGCUGUCAUAUAACACAGAUUUCAUUAUCUAUAACCAUGCUUGAUGCUACUUUAAUAUGAGGUUGCAAAUCAUUUGUGUAUGCACCAAAACAAUGUUAGCAUCAAUGUUUAAAUUUCUGCAAAUUUUUGUCUGAUUUCACCUAAAGAGCUCAGGAAGUGUGAGGUUAUAAAGGAAAAGGGGCAUUUUUCAGGUUAUUUAGUAACUAUUGCAUCAAACCGGUAAAUGUAUGCCUUUCUUCUGAAUUUUCUACCUACUUUUCUUCAGGUUAUAAAGUUAGUAUUUCCUUAUUUGGUUCUGCGUGCUUUAAACUAGUCAUUACUCUUGUUAACUUUGUAUAAAACUACAGUUUGAAGGACAAAGCUGUAGUUUUCUGUUGGAACAGAAAUUAGUUCAGAAAAUUUUAGAAUCAGUAUUCUGGGGGAUGGGGUGAUCAUUAACUGCUUUAUAUAUUUUGUCUGGGAAAAAAAUCCUACCUUUUAAGAAAAAUGAUGAGUAUAAUAAAUUAUUUUACUUCUGGUUUAAGUUG